GUGUAGGAUGGGAAGUUGACGCUCUCAGCUGGCUCCAGAGCUCCUGUACUGCAAAGUUUGUCCCGGUCCGGACGGACUUCCUCACUGACGUCCUCCGCUCUAGACCUGGUCCGCUCCGGUCCGGUCCGGUCCCGGUCCCGGUCUCCCAGCCAUGGCCUCCAUCACCUGCCGGGUCCAGUACCUGGAGGACUCGGACCCGUUUAUCUGCACGAACUUCCCGGAGCCUCGGAGACCUCCGACGGUGAACGUGGAGGAGAACCUGCCGCUCUGCGAGCAGAUCUCCGGGAUCCACAAGCUGCUGGAGGCGCCGCUCAAGUUGGAGGACUGCACCCUGCAGGUGACUCCCAGUGGGAACUAUCUGGACCUGGACUCCUCUCUGUUCGAGCAGCGAGAAGAACUCGAGGGCUUCUAUGAGGAUGUGGCGAAAGGGAGGAAGCCGAUCCUGAUCCUGAGGACUCAGCUCUCUGUGCGGGUCCACUUCAUUCUGGAGAGGCUGUACAACUCUAAAGGUCCAGAGCUCAGACGCUGUUUGUUUUCACUGAAGCAGCUCUUCCAGGAUGACAAAGACCUGGUACCAGAGUUUGUGGCCUCUGACGGCCUGACAUGUUUCAUUAAAGUUGGAGCCGAGGCUGAUCACAACUAUCAGAACUACAUCCUGAGAGCUCUCAGUCAGAUCAUGCUGUUUGUGGACGGCAUGAAUGGAGUCAUAAACCACAACGAGACCGUGCAGUGGCUCUACACGCUCACAGGAAGUCCGUCUCGUCUUCUGGUGAAAACAGCUCUGAAGCUGCUGAUUGUGUUUGUGGAGUACGCAGAGUCCAACAGUCCUCUGCUCAUCAGCGCUGUCAACACGGUGGAUGGAAAGAGAGGUGCAAAGCCAUGGACUAAUGUGACGGAGGUUCUGAUGGAGAAAAAUGGUUGUGACACCGAGCUGCUAAUAUUUGCCAUGACGCUCAUCAACAAGAGUCUGGUUGCUCUCCCAGACCAGGACUCGUUCUACGACGUGGCCGACUGUCUGGAGCAGCUGGGAAUGGAGACCAUCAUCCACAAACACAUGAUGGACAAAGGGACGGAGCCGGACCUCCGAGCACAGUUUUCUAUUUAUGAGACAUCCCUGCGGAACGAGGACAACGACUUGGACGACUCGUCCCAUCACCUCCGUAAAGACAGAAGGAAGUUGGCGGUCGGCGAGCAGGAGGGACGCAGGGGCCGCCGCUCGUCCAGUCAGGACCUCCCCAACCUCCUGCCCCCCUCCCCCACCCCGUUCACCGUGCCGUCCCCGUCCUCCUCCAGCCCCGUCGUCUCCCCCGCCAUAUCCUCCCCCAGUCUCACGCCGGUGCUCGGCGGCAGGCCCUUGUCUCCACUAUCCUCCGACUCCAGCAGCUCCGCCUCCAGUCCGUCCGGAUCCCGGAGAGGGUCCCCGCUGCCUCCCCACAUGGCCCCCAAUGGCAGUGUGACCACGGAGCAGGAGACGAAGACCCCGCCCAGCCCCUCACCCUCAGACGUCUCCCUUCAGGACAAGCUGCAGUCCCAGCAGACCUCGGAGCAGCCUGGUGGCAGGACAGAGUCUAAACCUGGUCUGAACUCAGUGGAGGAUGAGGAGCUCUUCUGCUCAGACACCUGUAAUGUAAAUCAGGACAAACCGGUGCUGAGGAAGCUCCAAGGUGCCUUCCUGAGUAGGUUGUCAGCCACUCAGUGGGAGAAGAAGAGGAGAAGUAAACUCUUGAGCCAGUCCUCUGUGCUGACCCCAUUUGAUGAUGUCAUAAACCUGAGCCCUCAGCUGCCAGCAGAACUGGGGGACACGGUUUCAUCUGAAUGUACUGCUUCAACACCCAGCAGUUCAGACCCAAACCAACAGUCAGACUCACAGAAUGAACCAGCAGCCCUGCCCACGCAGCGACCGUGCAGUACACUGUCUGAUGAUAAGAAGUUCGUCCUGGACAUGAUUUACUCAAACACCUCUGCAGCUGAACCCAACACCACAGAAGAAGAAAAGAAGAACUUCAAGGCUGGUGAAGAUCUGAGCGGUUGUGUAUCAAAGCGUGUGUCUAACUUCAGCUCAGUAGAGUCCACCACCCCCAGCGAGAGCAGCGCCUCCCGCAGGGCGGAGUUGGAGAGCCUGGAGGGCUCCACCCAGGCGGCCCGGGCCCGACUGACCGAGGAACGGCAGAAACUCGUGUUGCGGCAGCAGAGCAGCAUUGAUGUGGAGCUGCACACCCGGCAGCUGGAGGCCCCCACGCUGGGCCCCGGAGGCUCCGGUGAUGCCUGGAGCCAGCUGCAGCUGAGUGCCACCUCCCUCCGGAUCAAAGACCUGGACUUCUCUGACCUGAUAGACGAGGAGGACAUCGACGUCUUGGACAUGGAGUCCUCCGUCUCCGGCUCCUCGUUUUCUGGCAUCCCCCCUCCUCCUCCUCUCCCAGGCAUCCCUCCUCCCC